AUGAGUUCCUCGUCGAACGGCUACCCCUCGCUGGAGGAGGGCGCGCGCCAGUUCCAGCGCAAAUUCGACGAUAUGAUCUCCACGUUCACGAAGAAAACGCUGCCUCUGCAGAAGCGCGCGUUCGAGUGCUGUGUCUCCUGCUUCGACCUCCACAAAGAAGAUCACAUGAAAAUCGCAGAUUGCAUGACCUCUUGCCACCAGCCCGGCGAAGCCGUUAUGCGGGCGGUGCAGAGAGAAACCGAGGUGCUGCAGAGCAAACUCGAAAGCUGUCAAAAGACCUGCUACACCCGCUUCGCACAGCCAGACACGUCCGUCGACAAAUCCAAGUUCGAGAUGGAGCGCGAGAGAUGCUUCACGCAGUGCUUCGCGGAGGUGGAGCCGUAUCUCUCCGAGGUCGCGCAGCGCAUCAAUCGACGCAUUGACGAGGCCUCGCCGUAA